AUGAUUGCAACUGAACAUGGUAUCGUGAAGUUGGGACCAUACCGCACACUACGAGAGGUAAGUUAUGGCGGAUCCGCGUCGCGAUUUUGUGAAAUAUACGUUCUUCCGGGGCAACCGGAGUGGCGUCGCCUGGCAUCGGCUGAACGCGACGCCGGCAAAGACGAGUUUGCGGCGGUAGCUGCCGAGUUCGCCGACCGGGUUUCGCUGAAUACUUACAGUCUGGUGGGCACCCGCGGCGAUGUCGACUUCAUGCUGUGGGGAGUGUCCCCGGAGCUUGAACGCAUCAACGAGCUGGCCGCGCAACUGAACCAGACGCGGCUCGGCGGCUACCUGGAAACGCCUCACUCCUACUUGGGUAUGACCCGACGGUCGCCGUACAUCGACGACCACCAGCACGAGGGGCAAGAAGGUUCCGGCGAUGCCGCGUCCAUGCGAAUCGUCGGGCGGCGCUACCUGUUCAUGUAUCCCUUCUGGAAGACCCACGACUGGUACCAGCUUCCCAAAGAGGACCGCCAGGAACUGAUGAACGAGCACUUCGUCAUCGGGCACAAAUAUCCCCAGGUGAAAAUCUCCACGGCCUACUCAUUCGGCCUGGACGACCCCGAGUUUGUGCUGGGCUUCGAAACCGACGAACCGGGAACUUUCCUGGAUCUGGUGAUGGAACUGCGGGAAUCCAAAGCCCGCCCCUACACGCUGCAAGACACGCCAAUCUUCUCCUGCAUCAACCGCCCCCUCCGCGACUGCUUGGAAGACGCCGGGUAA